UAGAUAGAUAGAUAGAUAGAUAGUUUGAGGCGUAUCAACUGCCUUUAAAAAAACAGACGACAACAGGAAGUUACGUUGACGUUGCGUUUUUUGUACGACGUCAUUCGCAAAUAAGUUGAUCGAGCUGUUAUUAGCUCCGUAGCUGUUUUUAGCUACCAUCUCAUGCUUUCGUAACACUAAGGACUGGAAAGAAAUAAAGUUCGAGCUAUCCAAUACUGAGCGGAAAGGGCCUUUACCGAACUCUGAAGGAUAUCUGACUUUUCUAAUGUAAAACAGCGACUCGCUUCGUGUGGACAUCAAACCGAGUCUCGACACAGGCAGCUAGCAGGGGGUUAGCACCACAAAUCUCCACACCUUGUGCUGCCCAUGCUCACUUAUUCCUCCGUUUCUUCUUCGCUGGCCUUCUCACUUUGUCCACCAAGUUCAGGCCGCGGUUCCCCCCGGAGAGAAUGAACUGGUUCUUCCCCCUGUCCAAAGGCUCCGGACCUCUCCCUCCUCUGAACAGCCUCCAGCAGCAGAGACAGCGGCAGAUCGAGUCGCUCAAAGCCGCUCACCCCAGCCUCGCUGAGAUCCAGAAGGAUGUGGAGUACAGAAUACCAUUCACAAUCAACAAGUCCACCAUUAGCGUUAACAUCUUGCUGCCUCCUCAGUUCCCCCAGGAGAAGCCGGUGGUUAGUGUUUUCCCCCCCGUUGGUCAUCAUCUAGUCGACAGCAAUAAUGGCACCAUGAUCACAAGCCCUCUCAUCACUAACUUUGGGAUGCACUCAGAUCUGGGUAAGGUGAUUCAGAGUCUGCUGGACGAGUUCUGGAAAAGUCCCCCUGCCCUGAUGUCUGGCACUGGCUCUGCCGGCUAUCCAUACAUGUACAAGCCUCCUUACCCCAGCCCCGCCUUCCACUAUGGCCCUCGCCAUGCGGGACCCAGUCAGACCCCCCCGCCCGGGCCCGGUGCCGCACCAUCACCCGCCCCCCUGCCUCACCCCGGAGUGGACGUCCCUCAUGGGCCCCCUCGAGCCCCGGCCCCAUACGGACUGAUAACCGACUUGCCGCUACCCGUCCCAACUGGAGACUCGCAGGCUGGACUGAACGGGCACAUGUACAAGAUGCCCGACAUUCCCGAAUCUUUCUCGGAGCUCAGCGACAUGAACCUCACCCAGCUGUCGGAAAUGUCUGAGAACGAGGACGUUUUGCUGGAGUUCUUUGUGAGUUUGCCACAACUCAAACAGGUCACCAGCGACAAAGAAGAGCUAGUGGCCAGUAUAGUGGAGAUGGCUAAGAAAAACCUUCAGAUGGAGCCGCAGCUGGAGGGAAGAAGACAAGACAUGCUCUACAAAUACGAUCAGCUGACCCAGAUGAAGGCGGCCUUUGAGACAAAGAUGCAGAGGCAGCACGAGCUCAGUGAGAGCUGCAGUUUAAGCACUCUGCAGGCUCGGCUAAAGGUCGCCGCCCACCAGGCCGAGGAGGAGUCGGAGGAGACCGCCGAAAACUUUCUGGAAGGACGCACCGACAUCGACGAGUUCCUGACCAACUUCAUGGAAAAGAGAACGGUGAGAGAAGUUUUAAAAUCUCCGUCUUUGCCACAGCAGAAGAGCCAAAGAGGAGAAGCUGCAACAGUCUAUAAACAUCCACGGACAAUUUCCCCCCAGUCACUAGACAACAAGGCUCUUUCGUCAGUUCUCUGGUCGUCGGGUCUUGGUGUUUCCUCUGCCCAACUGCUGAAAAGGAACAGCAGACUUUACAGAGGCUAAAAGCACACCGAGGCCACGAUUGGCACCUUGAAAAUAGGAAACGGUAAUGAAAACGCUACAGUAAAAUACAGACCAACGUCUUUAAAAUCCACAGCAGGAGACCAGACGUGGGAGUGGGAGCGACACAAGCCGGGAUUACCUCGCCUCAUUUUCACGGGCGAAUCCCCUGAUGGAUCAUUUCUUCUGCCGUUUCUGUCCAUUUCAAAUUUCAUUUGACAAUGAGUCUUGUUUCUUUUUGGGGUUUAUAUCACCUGCACUUUGAUCAAACUGUUUGAUGUGAAUACAUUUUUUAAAAAAGUACACAGAAUUCCCACUCAUACAUCUGUCCAUGCAGAGGAAAUGGAAGUAUGGAGGUGCUGUUAGCACCUGGACCGUCCACUUCUGACAGCAUUUCUUACUUUAUGAUUUAUCAAAGGCCCCUUUUCUGGUUGCUGUUCUGGGUGUGUUGGAUACUUAUACUUAACAUUCACAUGGGUUACACGUCUGGGUAUUUAACAUCAGAAAGACAAUUUGAGUCAGUUUAACAAAGCCAUUUUCAGAUUUAACCUGGAAGGACUUAAGCAAGGAUGGGCAGGAGGCCUGUCUUUUGGCUCUUUUAGAAAUGAAACUGCGUUUUAACUGGGGAAAGUGGUUUGUUCUUUCUGGACCUGUCAGAGUUGGCACUUUGAGCAAAUCCUGUACGCUGUGUGUCCAUCAGCGUGUUUGCAUAGACAUUGAGAAUUUGGUCUCACAUAUUAAGGCAGCACUCUGAGAACCCUGCAGCAAGUUUACCUACCGAACAUUUUCAUAAACCAGUCACCAGAUCAAACAUCAGGCAGAAGCUGUGUCUCCAGUUUUAUGACGUUCCCUGCUAAUCGAACACUAUCAUGGAAUCAGUUAUUUGAACUCAAACACUCUUGUGACAGUUUAGGGACACCGUUGCCCUCUUUUUGUUGCCUUAAUAGGUAUUUGCGUGGAUGCAGACACACGGAUCACUGUUUUGCCCCGAUAUGCACAGUUAUGACAGCUCAGCUUGUUUUCUCACACCUUUUGAACUUGAACUUGGUGAUAAAAAGCCUCAAAGGAAAUAAUAGUGUUGAUGAAUAUUAGGCUCAAUGCUGCAGUGAAGCUUGGUGACAUCUGAUACUGUAUUUAAAUGUUGAUAAUAGGCUAUAUUAUAAUCAAAAACUCAGACACCUUGUAUCAUAUGUUCUUAUUUAAUUUGUUAGAUAAAUAAAGCAUUUAGAAUAAGA